AUGCAAAGCAAUAGGUCAACAUUGAUUUUGAUAAUCUUGUACACUCAUGAUUCUAGUGCUUCAGGUGUUGACCAUCUUCCGUUGAAAACUUUAGCCAUCAUGCCUUCACUAGAACUUGCACUUUAUGCUUUAGUGAAGUACAGUUCUCAGUUGAAUGACCUACAGCUCCUGCAUGGUAAUCACAGUGAACAUGCAGUAGUACCACUUUGGAUAAGGAUAUUGGGAUCGAAUGAAAGCUCUCUCACUUUAGUUGUCUCCGACUACUAUGAUUGUCAGGAGCUUGUUGGCCUUUCUUGGAAAGCUGAGCUUCCUGUGAUGAAUUAUGCUGGGGGAAGCCCUCUAUUGACUGACAAAGAGGAAGGAGGUUACCAUGGUGCAGCGAACUUGGAAGAAGCUGUGGAGAAGGCUGUUACUACUGCGUGGUCGCCGGAGGUCGCUGGAGUUCGUGGUUGGAGGUCUUACCGUUCGCUUGCAUCGCCUGAGCUCUUCGGAGCUGUUUUGCAUGCCAACCAAAUUAAAGCUCAACAAAUCCAAAUCCCUUUUUCAUUUUUGAGCUCAAUGGCCUCACUACUCAUUCUCCCACAAAAUUUAUCAUCCAUCAAUGUUGAUACUCGUCCAUCCGCAAACUUUCCACCAACUACAUGGGGAGAUUAUUUUCUCUCCAACACCAUGGAGAUGGAAGAUAAUAAGGUUGAGAACAAAGUGGAAGAACUGAAGCGGGAAGUGAGAAAAUUGUUGAUUACUUGCGUUGAUGACAAGCCUUCCCAACAACUAAGCUUGAUUGAUUCAAUCCAACGGUUGGGAGUCGCUUAUCAUUUCGAAACUGAGAUUAAUGAAUUAUUGGAUCAUCUUUAUAAGAAAUACAAUGAGAUUGGUGAAAAAAGUGACAAAGAUCUUCAAGUUGUUGCUCUUUGGUUUCGCUUGGUUAGACAACGUGGAUUCUCUAUUUCAUGUGAUACGUUGAACAAGUUUACAGAUGAGAAUAGAAAUUUCAAUGAAUCAUUUGCAAAUGAUGCACAAGGAUUGCUAAGCUUGUACGAAGCAUCUCAAAUGAGGAUGCAUGGAGAAGAUAUACUUGAACGAGGCUUUGGUUUCAGCACCACGAGUUUAAAGGCAGCCAUUGCAAGCCAUGUCGAGGAUGGGUUUGCAACCCAAGUGAGGCAUGCAUUGAAAUGGCCUUUAAUGAAAGCCAUUCCAAGGUUUGGUAUAAGACAUUACAUAUCUUUCUAUGAGACUGAUCCAUUGCACCACCCUGUUCUGCUCUCCUUCGCCAAGCUUGAUUUUGGAGUCUUGCAAAGGCUUUACAACAAAGAACUUCGUGAAAUCUCAAGGUGGUGGAAAGACCUGAAGUUGGUGGAGAAGCUAUCUUUUGCAAGGGAUAGAUGCGUGGAGUGUUAUAUUUGGGCAAUGGCRAUAUGCUUUGAGCCUAAGUACUCUCUUGCUCGAAUAAUCACAUCCAAAAUUAUCAUGAUGCAAUCAAUUUUAGAUGACAUAUACGACGCAUAUGGCACAUUUGAAGAACUCCAACUCUUCACUCGAGCAAUUGAAAGGUGGAAUGUUAAAUGCAUUGACGAACUUCCAGACUACAUGAAAGUGUAUUAUGAAGCUCUAAUGGACAUUUACAGAGGAAUUGAGCAAGAUAUUAGCAAGGAUCACAUUCCCGAUGCUAUUCAUUAUGCAAAAGAAGCUAUGAAAAAGCAGGCUAGAUACUUAUUUACCGAAGCUAAAUGGUAUCAUGAUGGCUAUAUACCUACAAUAGAGGAGUAUUUGAGAGUUGCAAGAGUUACUUGCUACCAUUUGAUUCCUCCCACUUCACUUAUUGGCAUGGGAGAUGCUGCUACCAAGGAGGCGUUUGAAUGGAUUGCAAGUGACCCGAAAUUACUUAUAGCUUCGGGAGUCAUUGGCAGAAUCAUGAAUGAUAUUACUUCCCACAAGUUCGAACAAGAAAGAGGACAUGUUGCUUCUGCCAUUGAAUGCUAUAUGACACAAUAUGGUGUAACAGAGAAAGAGGCUGUAGAAGAAUUAGAACAGCAAAUUACAGAUGCUUGGAAGGACAUAAUUGAGGACUACGUCCAAUCGCCUCAUGUUCCAAACACCAUUCUCACGCGUGUUAUAAACGUAGCUCGCGUCUUAGAUCUCUUUUAUAAAGAUCAAGAUGGAUUCACAUUUUCAAAUGGGGAAAUCAAACUUUUCAUCACAUCUUUGCUCAUCGAUCGAAUGCCAAUUUGAAUUUAAUACUUUUCUAGAUCUCUAUGUAUGGAAGGAUAUGGACUAAGUAUAAUAAUGGAAAAAGUGAAGUACUAUACUCGAGACUUCUUGCAAGUUUAAAUAUGUUGGGAUGUAUACCCUAAAACUUGUAAUUCUAU